AUGUUAAAUAGUUCAUUUUUAUUACCUGUUAGUAAAAAUAUAAUGCAUUCAUUAAUCAAUAAUGAAUGGACACAACCUGCUUUAGCAUCAUGUCAUAUUUUGAAAUGGAUUGGUGGUUGUUUAUGUUUUAUAUUCAUUUUUGGUAUUAUUCUUAAUAGUUUUAUUCUUUGUAUUCUUCUCAAUAAAAAACAACUUCAAUCACCAAUUAAUCUAUUUAUAAUUGCUUUGUCUUCUGUUGAUUUAAUACAUGCUUUAUUUGGUAUUCCAUUACCUCUGACAUCUAAUUUUGCUUGCCAAUGGUUAUAUGGAAAAUAUUUGUGUUAUUAUGAAGGUUUUAUUGCAUAUUCUGUUGGAAUGAUUGGACUCUAUUUAUUAACUGCUUUAUCGUUGAAUAGAUAUUGGAUAAUCGUUACACCUGUUCAAUCAAAAUAUAGUACUUUUCAAACUAUUUAUGUAUCAAUAUUUUUGGCAAUAUUAGGAGGUUUAUUUUGGGCAAUAGUACCUAUGUUUGGAUGGAAUUAUUAUACAUUAGAAGGUGUACUAACAUCAUGUUCUAUUCGUUGGCAAGAUCGAACAUUAAAUGUUAUUAGUUAUAAUAUUUGUAUGUUUCUUUUUGGAUAUAUUAUUCCAUUAUUUAUUUUAAUCUUUUGUAAUACAAAAAUUUAUCUAGAAGUAUUCAAUGUAUCUAAACGAAGUUCAAAAUGGGGAAAUAGUUUAGCUAGAACUCGAAGUCGUCGAAAACAGGAAUUAGAAAAACAUGUAGCAAAAACAGUUAUUUUCAUUAUUGUUACUUUUACCAUUGCGUGGACGCCGUAUGCCAGUGUAGCAUUUAUUUCAUCGUUUUUUUCUCCGACAUUAAUUUCACCAUUAGGUGGGACAUUACCUGCACUUUUUGCUAAAUCAUCGAUUUGUUUUAAUCCACUUGUUUUUAUUCUAACAAAUUCUCACAUUCAAUCAACAGUUUUUCAACAAAAGAAGAAAACUUCACACACAAGUGAAAGUACUUCAUCGAAAAACAAAAUUGAUCAACGACAAUCACUUCGAUUACAGUUAUUGCCUGUAUCAUAA